AUUUCCCCAAGUUGAUCCCACCGGGCCUGCAGAUCCUUCCAAUCGGCUAUGUACUGUGCUCAGAUUAUUUAUUGAUAUUGUCAUGCCGGUUGAUCGCAGGCAAGCGGCGGUGUUCGCGAGUGCCCUCGCCCUACGGCUUCUUCUCUUGGUCCUCUUCCCGUCGCUCCCCGACUUAUUGACGGGAAGAGUUGAGGUAUCAACACCGGUCAGCAGCUUCAAACGACGUGAGUGACCAAGACACUCAAGGGCUAAAUUCCAAGCUAUUAACGUAAUUGUCUCAGUCCAAGAAGGUCUCUUUCUGUACAUGCGGAAUGUAUCCCCUUAUGACGGAGGCGUCUUCCAUCAGGCGCCGCUUCUUCUCCCUACCUUCGCCUUGCUUCCGAAUUCCAGAGAAUUUCCCUUACCAACCGCGCUCUUUUACUCGCUGAUCGAUCUCAUAAACGCGAACGCCUUGAUCACGAUAUCCGACUCAGGACAGGCAGUCUCGGGGAGGUUGUUCUCAGCAUUGCGCAAACAUAUUAGAUGGGACGGAGUUUCAGUUGCAGCAUGGUUUCUCUUUAACCCGUUCACCAUCGCAACAUGCCUUGGCCGUUCAACUGGUGUCUUUACCACCACCGGAAUCCUAUACGCGCUGUCCAAUGCCGUUAGUGGAAAUAGCCUCAACGCCAUGCUUUCUUUAGGAUUCGCAUCGUACUUGUCAAUUUACCCAGCGCUCUUGUUCAUACCCCUCAUCCUUCUCUGUUAUGACCGACGUGCUCAAGGAUCAAAGCCGCCAUCCGGAGUCGCCAUCUUUGCCGUACAACAUCUCGCAAUCUUUUUGCUCACCGUGGCUGGUCUACUUGGAGUUUCUUGCCUUAUUGUGGGUGACUUUUCUCAGUUCAUAUCCGCGACAUAUGGGUUUCAAUUGCUCGUUCCCGAUUUAACACCUAACGUCGGGCUUUGGUGGUACUUCUUCAUCGAAAUGUUCGAUUCGUUCCGGGAAUUCUUCCUUGGCGUUUUCUGGCUUCAUCUCGCGGCAUACAUGGGUGGAUUAACUGUGCGGCUGCGGAGGCAACCUCUAUUCGUCAUCACCUCCCUAUUGGGAAUCUUCGCAGUCUUCAAACCUUACCCUAGCAUCUCGGACGCCUCCCUAUACUUCGCCCUCCUGCCGCUUUACAGGCAUCUGUUCCCUUUGAUGCGCUAUACUUUCUUCGCAGUGUCAGCUAUCCUGUAUGCUACGCUUUUGGGCCCAGCGUUCUACCACCUAUGGAUCUAUGCCGGCUCCGGAAAUGCCAACUUCUUCUAUGCCAUCACUCUGGUGUGGAGCUUAGGACUGUCGAUACUACUGGCGGACACUAUAUUUGCCGUGCUAAGGGAUGAGUGGGAACAAGAAAACCCCGAAAUGCGAGGCAAAGAGGCUAGACAAAUAUAAGAUAUGAUAUCGUUAUUAGACAUAAAUGCAACGGCCGCG